UCUGAACUGGUGUAGUGGCUAACAUCGCUGUCUCUCAUGUAUUUUAUCUACCAGUGCACAGCAUCCCGGGCUUCGAGGCAGUCGUGGUGGCCCUGCAGAUGGCGGCCGAAUCGUCCGCAGUGGUGAAAGCAAUGCUGACCAUGGAUGCUCUCUCCGUUCUCGUCUCCUCCGUGACGUAUCACAGGAGAACUGAAUUCGUCAACCAUCCUAAAGUGGACUUAUCCAAGCGCAGGGCUAAAGAGUUAAUGACGAUAAGCCGAGACGAUGAGUACAGAGCUAUUGAUCCCAGCCCCAUCAUUCACAACGAUCUUCCCACGUACCUGAAGAAAAAUACUCAAAGCGCUUUGUCGAAGUCCUGUGCUACGGACGAAGUCCGUUUGCCCACCACGAGGAAGUGAAAGCAAAGUUGAUGACUGGUUUAUUGGAGGCACAUCAAGCUGUCGACAUCGAGGUGUUCCCAGGCGAGGAAUGGAGUCGUUCAAAAUAUCAAGCUGCGGUACAGAGAGAGGAUACAGUUUUUGUGAUUGUAGACU